AUGUUGACUAUUAUUUUCUUGUGUUUGGUAGAAGGCAGAAAGCUGAAAGAAGCAAUGGUGCUGCCACUUUCUUUUCUCCCUCCCUCCUUACCAACACACACUUAACCUUAAAGCUGUCACCUUUUUCAUUUUCUUUGCUUCCUCAAUUCCAUCUUCAACUGCUCCUUAACCCGUUUUCUCCGCCUGAAAUUCUCGCCGGAGUAGUCCGUUCAGCCUCGCCGAUCACCGCCGGCGCACACACAGCCACGUCACUGAUUUUUCUGAGAAAUAGUAAAACCCUAAUCGGCAGUCUUCGUUUUUUCUGCGUUCUAGCUUCAGAGCUUGGCUGCAAGAUCCGAGAGAUUAAGCUUCUAUGGAGAGUUUGAGGGGCGGUUGUGAUCCGGAGUGAUAAUUGGGGCGUGGGAUCUUGGAUCAUUUCUGAACGGACGGAGAGUGUUACCGGUUGGUUGCUUGGUUCUGGUGAGAUUUUCACUCUGGAAUCUGCUGGGAUUUGAUAUGCAGAAGAGUGGGAAUCUCUCCAAGAACAAUUCCUUGAAGCUGGCGGCGUCGCCGCAGUCGCUUCGUCGUCUUGGCAUUUGCUCUCAGAUAUCGACGGGGCAGCAUUCGUCGCCGGUUGUCUUCCCGGAAAAAAAGAGCAAGGGGAGGAGCUCCGCCCGCUCGGAUGGCGGCGUCAGCAAUUCCGGCGAUCCUAAGAAGGAAAAAGGGGAGGAGCACAGGAUUGAUAUGGGAGACGAGAAUUCCGAUCUUUUAGGGUACGAUGUGUUUUCCGGGAAAUUGACGUUGGACAAGAAGAAGUCCGCCGGAAAAAAUGGCGAAUUAGACGCCUCUAAAUAUCAGAAUGCUCUUGAUGCGAAGCUCACUAGUAAAGCCAUGGUUUGGGGCUCUGAAAUGCUGGCUUUAUACGACAUCGUUUCGGUCUCAUAUUGUCCUAAUCUAAGGCAUUUCACAGUUCAUUCUUAUCCCCGAAGAACCUCGAGUGGGCUUACCUGUUUCAUGAAACCUCAAAGAACCCGAAAGGAUUUUCGUUUUGUGGCUUCAACCCCAGAGGAUGCCCUUCAAUGGGUUAGUGCAUUUGCAGAUCAGCAGUGUUAUGUGAAUUUGUUGCCCCAUCCUUUGGGUUCUUCGGGGAAGCAGGAAACCGAGUUGGCUACUAAUACAUUUCCGCCCGAAUCAUAUAUAAGAUGCAAAACGCCACCUAAAAUGCUCGUGAUACUGAAUCCACGGUCUGGGCGUGGUCGAUCAAGUAAAGUGUUCUAUUCCAUGGCUGAACCUAUAUUCAAGCUUGCUGGAUUCAAGUUGGAGGUGGUCAAAACGACAUCUGCAGGUCAUGCUCGGAAACUUGCAUCAACUGUUGACUUCAGUACAUGCCCUGACGGUAUUAUAUGUGUUGGAGGUGAUGGAAUUGUAAACGAGGUAUUAAAUGGUUUACUUUGUAGGGAUAAUCAGAAGGAAGCUAUUUCUAUUCCCAUUGGAAUCAUACCCGCUGGUUCCGAUAAUUCUUUAGUUUGGACUGUUCUUGGUGUUAGAGACCCAAUUUCUGCUGCAAUAGCAAUAGUCAAGGGAGGUCUUACCGCAACCGAUGUUUUUGCUGUUGAGUGGGUUCAAAGCGGUCAAAUUCACUUCGGGACAACAGUUUCAUACUUUGGCUUUGUUAGUGAUGUUUUGGAACUUUCUGAGAAGUAUCAAAAGCGGUUUGGUCCUUUGCGCUAUUUUGUUGCCGGAUUCCUCAAACUCCUGUGUUUGCCAAAGUACAAUUUUGAAGUAGAAUAUCUUCCGGCAUCCAAGGAAGUAACCGGAGAUGGGAAAGCUUCAGCUGAUCGGGAAGUCGUCGAUAUGUCAGCCUUGUACACAGACAUCAUGAGGAGAUCGAGCAAGGAAGGCCUUCCUAGACCUGCUAGCUUAUCGAGCAUUGAUUCAAUUAUGAGCCCGAGUAGAACGCCGGGACCCAACUUGGAUACUAAUUGUAGUAGUACCGAGCCAUCUGAUUAUGUGCGUGGAAUAGAUUCGAAAUCUAAGCGGCUUUCUUUUGGAAGAAUCAAUAACUCGACUGCUGAACCCGAAGUUAUCCAUCCUCAGCUUCCUCUAGCAUCGACACCGAAGCCCAGGACUAGGUCGAAGUCGAGGUCUGAUAAAGGAUGGAAUGGGUUAACCGCUACAAAUGAAUCUACUAGAUGUUCUUGGGGAAACGAUAAAGAGGAUAUUUCAUCUACAAUAUCAGAUCCCGGUCCAAUUUGGGAUUCAGAACCGAGAUGGGACACUGAGCCUAAUUAUUAUUUUCACGUGGAAAAUCCUAUUGAAUUGCCCGGACCACCACCGGAAGACGCCAUCGAAGUUGCUCAAAAAGAGAUUCCAAUCAAGUCCGAAGAGAAAUGGGUCUCCACUAAAGGUCAAUUUCUUGGUAUCCUGGUGUGCAACCAUGCGUGUAAAACUGUUCAAAGUUUGAGCUCGCAGAUUUUGGCCCCUAAAGCCGAGCAUGAUGAUAACAUGUUAGAUUUGUUGUUGGUCCGGGGAAGUGGAAGGCUUAAGCUUUUGCGAUUUUUGUUGCUUCUGCAAAUGGGUCGACACAUCACACUGCCAUACGUUGAAUAUGUUAAGGUAAAAUCAGUGAAGGUUAAGCCCGGGAAGCGCUCACACAAUGGAUGUGGAAUUGACGGUGAACUAUUUCCCAUAAAUGGGACAGUCAUCUCAUCCAUACUUCCCGAACAGUGCAGGCUUAUUGGCCGCGCACAAAAUAAAUAGUGAUGACUCUCUGGUAAGCUGUUGCGAGGUUCUGUGGCCCCGUUUAAUUCUAUGGCUCGAGUCUGGUAAUGAAUCUGAAGAGCAGUUUGUAGCGGCAAAACGUGUUUUGUUGUUUCUGAGUUUGAGGCCCUUGUAAAUUUUGUUAAUGUUUUCCAAAUCCUAAGUUAUUCUUCAUUCUAUUCUCAUAUGUAUCAUUGGUAAUUUGCUACCUGUCUGCUGCUGAAUAUAAGUUGGCUUUUGUACUGAGAAUGGUUUGACCCUCUGCCAUACUUGUAAAGAAUCUGGUUUGAGAUCAUUCUGUAUAAUCUUUAUCACUUCUCUUC